CACGUGAACCAUAUAACAGCUUGGAGGAUGCAAUGGUGAUUGUAGUUGGAACUUGGAACCACUCAUUCAUAGAUAGUAGUUUUGAACUUUUGAAGGCUUGAGAGAGCCAAGCCAAGCCAAGCCAAUCCUAGCUUUGCCUUUUGAUUAAUACCUCUUAUAUACAAGUUGAGAGUUGAGAAUCAAAGGGCGGUAGAACAAGAUUGGAGCUAAUUCGUGAUCAAUGAAGAAACAAGGGUGCGAGAUUGAAGCAAUUGGGAUCAACUACCAGAUCUACACACAUAAAGGAGAGCAGUCCUCCCCUUUUAAGAUCUUCAACAAACAAGUAGUGAAAGGUGGAACAUUAAGCCCAGGCGUUAGGCAUGUCCUGAAGGAUGUCAACUGUGAGGCCAAACCAUGGGAAAUUCUCGCCAUUGUCGGCCCCAGUGGUGCUGGAAAAUCAUCUCUACUCGAGAUCCUCGCCGGAAAAAUUGCGCCUCAAACCGCAUCCAUUUGUGUGAAUCAGAAGCCCAUGGACAAGGCUCAGUUCAAGAAAAUAUCUGGGUUCGUGGCUCAGAAGGACACCCUCUUCCCCCUCCUCACCGUUGAAGAAACCCUCAUGUUUAGCGCCAAGCUGAGGUUAAGGCUUCCUCCGGCACAGUUGAUCUCCAAAGUGAAGUCGUUGAUACAGGAACUGGGAUUAGAGCAUGUGGCUGGCGUUCGGGUGGGUGAUGAUAAGGCGCGUGGCAUCUCCGGCGGAGAAAGGCGGCGAGUCUCCAUCGGUGUGGAUGCGGUACAUGACCCCAAGGUACUGAUUCUGGAUGAGCCCACUUCGGGACUUGACAGUACUUCUGCGCUUCAAAUCAUCGAUAUGCUUAAGACCAUGGCUGAAAGCCGGGGUCGAACCAUAAUUCUGAGCAUACACCAACCUGGGUUUCGCAUUGUGAAGCUGUUCAACUCCAUUCUUCUGCUGGCUAAUGGCUCGGUUUUGCACCAUGGCACAGUUGAGCAGCUUGGACUGAACUUGAGGCUGAUGGGAUUGGAGCCUCCUCUUCAUGUUAACAUCGUGGAAUAUGCGAUAGAGUCAAUUGAAACCAUUCAAGAACAGAAACAGCAACGGCAACAGAAACAGCAACAGCAACAGCAACAGCAACAGCAAGCUGUGGUCCAAGAAUCAACGGCAGCGCAACUGCAGGCAACCCCACGAGGCAGAAGUGGCAACUGCACUCUUCAACAGCUAUUCCAACAGUCCAAGGUUAUUGAUGAGGAAAUAAUCAUCAACACAAGCAUCGAUUUUGUCCGAGGUUUCGCCAAUUCUAGAUUUCGAGAGACCAUCAUUUUGACACAUAGGUUCUCCAAAAACAUUUUCAGAACCAAGGAGCUGUUUGCAUGCCGAACACUUCAAAUGCUGAUUGCUGGGCUUGUUCUGGGUUCAAUCUUUUAUCAGCUCAAAGACAACCUAAUUGGAGCCGAAGAAAGGGUAGGUCUGUUUGCGUUCAUUUUGACAUUUUUGCUGUCUUGCACAACAGAGGCCCUACCAAUCUUCUUGCAAGAGAGGGACAUUUUAAUGAAGGAGACCUCCAGUGGAAGCUACAGGGUCUCGUCAUAUGCCAUUGCUAAUGGGCUUGUUUAUCUCCCAUUUCUACUCAUUCUAGCCAUAUUGUUCUCACUGCCACUGUACUUGCUUGUGGGUCUGAACCCAAAUUUCAUGGCCUUCAUGCACUUCUUGUUGCUCAUAUGGUUGAUUCUCUACACUGCCAAUUCAGUUGUGGUUUGUUUCAGUGCUCUUGUGCCUAAUUUCAUAGUCGGAAACUCGGUGAUAUCGGGGGUGAUGGGUUCGUUCUUUCUCUUUUCGGGCUACUUCAUAUCGAAGAACGGCAUGCCGGAUUACUGGAUUUUCAUGCAUUAUAUAUCUCUGUUUAAGUACCCAUUUGAAGGGUUUCUGAUAAAUGAGUUCUCGGGGACGGGAAAGUGCUUGGAUUACAUGUUUGGGACAUGUGUUGUGAAUGGUGAAGAUGUGCUGCGAGAAGAAGGAUAUGGAGAAGAGAGUAGAUGGAGGAAUGUGGUGAUAAUGGUGUGUUUCAUAUUGCUUUACAGGUUCAUUUCUUAUGUUAUCCUCAGAUGUAGAUGCUCUCAGAGGAGUCUCAAGGGCGUGCUUGUGUGAAGAGUCUCUCUGUGAAUCUCUAAUCUCGUUCACGUGAGUGUUUAACAGGUUGGUUUGUUGGUUGGUUGGUUAGCUGGUCCACCUGCAUGUUUUGGAGUUUGUUUACAUAGAGGAAGUGUCAUAUUAAUAAGCAAAACAAUAUAUCUGUAAUUUCCUUUCCACAAACAUAUUUUACUGGGAUGAGAUGUAAUGUAAAUUAACUCUCUCUCUCUCUCUC